UUCGUGCUCUGGCAUCCAAAGCACUCUUACUUCUUUUCAAAUAUGCUUCAGUGGCAUGCAACGGUUGACACCCUUUUUGGAUGCAUCUGGGAGAUUUCUAGCUCAGUUGCAAGACUCAGCUGCAGCAGUCGCUGCACAACAACUGGAGGCACAAGAUGAAACACUUUGUGGCCAGGCUGUGGCUGCUGCUGGCACUGAGCCACUUCAGCAUCACCGAGUGGGUGGAGAUAGCACACUCUCAGACACGACCGAUUGCCAGCUCCAAUAGCAAUAGCAAGCAGGUGGCAGUUGAGCGAAAUGCCAAUGGCGAAGGCUUCAGCACGCCCAGCGCCGUCUGGCUGGAAUACCAGCGAGAGCGUUUUGGCUUGCGCAACGGACAGAGCAAUCCUUUGGUGGUUAGCGAUGCGGGCGGACUGAAGCACAGCUCACAGAUUGUGGUGUCCAACAACAGUCAGGUGAUUCAUGCACGGACCAAGCUGGUAGUGAAAAACAGUUCCAGUAGUCCGCCAGUGGAGGUGGAUGUAGUCGUUACGCCCAAAGUGGAAACGACAUCGCGUCGCCACUCGUCGCAUGUGGAGAGUGCCGAGGACGUCGAUGAGGUUGUGGAGACUGCCACCGAGCAGUCGGACAGCGAGGAUGAUGGGGACCUACUUUUGCCCAGUAUGCAGGGUUUUCUGAAAUUCCUCAAAAAGAUGCAAAUCGGCUGGAUUAAGAAGUCGGCGCUCAACAUAGAAAAUAAAAUUAAAUUACUGAAGCAGCUGCGCGAUAAUUUCAUGAAAAUUAUUGAGCAACAGUUCUCGGUGCUGUGGCAACCAACGGAGCGGCACAGACGCAGACGACGCGGCCUGUUGGAUGAAUCCAAUUUAGAAUUUCCACCGGAAGCAGCGCUAAUGAGUAUUAAUUUUUUAACGUUUGCAGUAUUUUUAAUUAAACUAGUGCUGCAAGUGGUAAAAAUAGUUAAAAGCAAACACUAUAACUUCGCGGGCUUCAAUAUAAAUGCAGAUGUUCGGAGUCCAUAAAAUUAUUAAUU